AUGGCUGCAACUGGCUUCGAUAGAAGAAGGAAUAAUGGCCCUGAAGAAACAUUUUCGCCCAUAUUCAUUGAAGAUCUCGCGUCGACUUCCCUGAAGUCAUCCGCGAUUGAUACCAGACCGAAUAGAGCGCCGUCCGAUAUCAGACCCAUUUUCCUGCAGCCUGGGCUAAUCAGCCAGGCCACUGGUUCUGCUUAUAUCGAGACAGAACGGACAAAGAUUGCAUGCGCGAUUUAUGGCCCUCGCCAAUCGAAAGUUACUGCGUUUCAUGAAAAAGGUCGACUGAAUGUCGAAGUCAAAUUCGCUCCCUAUUCGUGUAAACAACGGAGAGCGCCAUUGCGUGACGCGGAAGAUAGAUCUAUCGCGAUGGCCAUUCAUCAAGCGCUCGUGUCAUCUGUUCGCCUUGAAACUUUUCCGAAGUCCGCAAUGGAUAUCUUCCUCACUGUCGUUGAGACCGAUGGGAUAGAAGGCUGCGUCGCUGCUGGAUCUAUCGCCGCCAGUACGGCUUUGGCAGAUGCUGGGAUAGAGGUCCUUGGACUAGUGAUGUCUUGUUCUGCAGCUAUCGUGAACGACGAAGUCUGGCUAGAUCCGACUGAGGAGGAAGCGCGUUCAUCCAGUGGAACACUCGUUCUUGCGUGUAUGCCUGCGUUGACAUCCGUCACUAGCAUCUGGCAGUCUGGCAAAAUGACACCUGAACAAGUAUUUGCUUGUAUGACUGCCUGUGAGGAGCGAUGCAGCGAUGUUCAUUCUGUCGUUGCCCAAGCACUGUUAGACUGUCCCGUUAGACAUGUAUACGCCGUUUAG